CAUAUAAUGAGCUUACUACCUUUCCUAAAACGUCCGAUCUUUUGGUCUUCUCCUUUUCCCCACUUUCUUGAAUUCAUGUCGGAGAAGGGUCAGCCACUACCUAAGUUUGGUGAAUGGGAUGUUAAUAAUCCUGCUUCAGCAGAGGGCUUCACUGUGAUCUUUAAUAAGGCAAGAGAUGAGAAGAAAUCCGGUGGCCAACCUGAAUCACCUGGAAACGCGCCGAAGGCAAAACCUGCAGCUGAUCCUGCCAAACCUCAGGCUAAAAAAUGGUUCUGCUGCAUUCAGAGCCCGUAACCGUGUUGCUCUGUGAUCGUCUCCACUGGUUUUCGAUUGCGGUCAGCCUGCUAUACUAUUUCGCUUCUUAGUCUUCAUUCAUGGAGCAAAAAAGUUGAAGAAUUUUACGUGCUUUAUUUGUGGUGCUGUGAAGUGUUGGUAGAAGCUGACCUGUGCUAUCUAAUUUGUUUCUACUUCUUUUUUGUUGUUUUUUUUAAGAAAGCAUGUUGCUGCUUAGAUCUGAUAUUGAAUCUCUAAUAUUGUUUGUUAAAUGGUUUCUUUCUCUCUUUCCAUUUUCAUUUUCCCCUGUAGAAGAUGUUCGAUUACUCGAAAACAACCCUUUAGAGAAAGUCCAUGCCUCAUGGAGCAUAAUAUUCUCUUGCUUUCUAA